ACAUAACAAAAUACAAAAAGUUGUUUUGGUUUUCUUCACAUGUGCGAACAUUUCUACUAUUUUUAAAACAAAAAUCCUUUAAAUUAUUAAUAAAUAUUAAAGACUUUUUAAAUAAAAAUCACAACAUAAUGGCUCUCAUUGUAAUGCCCGGUGAACGGAUAACCGAAGCUGAAGAACUGGCAAAAACAAAGAAAGUAGUCCUAGGACCGGGACUUCGUCGUCUGGAUGACAAAGUUGUUGCCUGCAAAGCAGGAACUCUUUGUAAAAAAGAUACAAAUAUGUUUUGGGUAGAUAGCUACCAGAAACGAUAUGUUCCAGUUCGAGGAGAAGCUGUCAUAGGUGUUGUCACCGCAAAAGCUGGUGAUAUUUUCAGAGUUGAUAUUGGCGCUCACGAAAAUGCAGCUCUAUCAUAUUUGGCUUUUGAAGCAGCCACUAAAAAGAAUCGACCAGAUGUGAAUGUAGGAGAUUUGCUUUAUGCCCGCCUUAUUGUUGCCAGUCGAGACUUGGAACCCGAACUGGUGUGUGUCAAUUCAGUUGGUAAAAAGGGUAAAUUGGGAGUAUUGUCGGAUGGAUUUGUCUUCAAUUGUAGCCUCAAUUUGGCCAGAACAAUUUUAAGAGAAGACUGCCUAUUGCUGCGAGCGCUAACUAAAGAAAUGCCAUUCGAAAUUGCUGUUGGCUUAAAUGGACGCAUUUGGAUUAAGGCAAAGACGAUAAAGGAAACAAUUGCAUUGGGAAAUGCAAUUCUGGCUGCAGAGUAUUCAUCAAACGAAGACAUUGCAAAAAUUUGUGAAAAUAUAGGAAAUAUUCUAUUUACGUAGUUUAAAUUUUUCAAUAAAAAAUACUGUUUAAUUUUUUUAA